UAAGCAUUAACUUUGAAUUCAACUUCACAUGAAUCGUAACGAAAGAAAAUGAACUUUAGUUUUGAUUUUGUUUAUUUUUAUAUGUAGACACCUGAUCUUUGAUUUGCGGCAUACCUGUAGAGAUAUUCACAUGUCUAAUCCUCUGAGGCCACCAUUGGUUGGUCCUCCACCAACAAUGACUGGUACAAUGAUUGCACCAGUCUGUGCUUCACCCAUCUGCACUACAGGAAUUCCAGGUGCACCUGUUAUUCCUGUUGUCCCCAAUGCUUAUGGUUUGAUUGGUCCUCAGCCAACUUAUAUACCACAUCCAAGUUUUCCUCAACAGAAUUUUCCUCAUCAAGUGCCAUUGGUAAAUACAUUACCUAGACCUGUGCCUGGGAUAUUAGUACCUGCAUCUGCAAUGAGUCGUCCAAAUGUUGAUCCAGCAAAACUAUUAGAAGAACAAAAAAGGCUGGAAAAAGAAAGAAAUUUUCAGCUGCAGCAACAAAGAUUAAAACAAUUCACCGUAGCUGGUAGCAAAACAGGAAGUUUAAAUGCAGACAAUCUCAUUGAAAAUAUAAUUGGAAAGGUGCAGCCUAAGUCAAGUUCUAAGUCUAAUUCAUCAGCAAAGACAUCUGUGUUGAAUGAGCCAAUGAAACCUUCAAAGCCUGUUAUCGAAACUUCUCAACCUUUUCCAGUGACUGUUGUUAAACAAGAAAUGCCUGUUAAUCCUCCUAAGCCCAAAAAAGAACUUGAAGCGAUGAUGCGAGAAUGCUCCGAUUUGAGUGCUCCACAAAAAGCCAAUAAGUUUACCAAACCUUCUGUAAAAGAACUUGCUCCAUCUAUUCAACAACGAUAUACAUUUACUUCAAGUAACAAAUCCAGAGACUGGAAAAACUUGGCAGGGCUAGAUGAAGUAUUUGUUACCAAAAGACCUCGCUUUCCACUGUGGUGUAACAAAGAACACAUUCCAGAACUUUUCAAGCAAGUUGACGCCUUAGUCACAAGCAAUGGUACAACUCCACCUGAUACAAAAUUACUUUAUCCUGUUCUGGUAUCAUCUGGGCUUCCUCAGCAGAUUUUAGGACAUAUUUGGGAGUUAGUGAAUCAGUCUUCUCCUGGACAGUUAACAACUGAAGAAAUGUAUGCUGUAUUAGCUCUUAUAGCUGUGGCUCAGGCUGGUCAUAUCAUUACAACUGUCGAUAUUCUCCAUCAACUUCCUGCCUGUCCCAUUCCUCAACUUCAAUGUUUUGCAGCUCCUUCCCCACCACUGCUUAUUGAAGCUCAAACCAUAAGUACACCACCACCACAAAUAGCAACAAAUGAGAGUAAAUUUGCUGCAUUCACUGAUACAAAGGGCCCUACUGACCAAAAUAGUCAUCUUGUUAUCAGACCAUCUGCCAUCUCAUUGAAAGAUGUGAACAAUUCUUCAAGUGUCCCAAAUAUUUUUAUGGAUGUCAAAAAUGAAAAUGCUACUACUUCAACUAAUGUUAAUUCAUCUGGUUUCAUAAGCUCUCCUGAUGAUGAAUUUGAUGAUUUCAAAUCUGCCACUCCUACCGCUGUUAACUUCUCCAUGAAUACACCAACUUCAGAUUCAAUGCAAGGGAACGAAGACUUUGCUGAUUUUAAGCAAGCACCUGCACUUAGUUCUUCAAUGAUUUUCAACAAAAUUCCAGCUUGUACUAAUUCCAAUAAACCACCACUGGAAGAACAAGACUUAAUGUCUCCAGAAGAAGACAAGUACAGUGUUUUCCGUACAUUACAGCAAACAGAGAGCAGUGAUGAUUGGGGUGAUUUUUCAACUGCUACGACAGAUUUUGCUAAUACUGAAAGUGCAAAACAAUCAACUGCAAAAGAAACUAGUCAUAUCAGUAUAAGUGCUCCUCCAUCUGGCUUACUUCCAAAUCCCUCCGUUCUUGUUACUAACAAUGAUACAAAUUUGGACCUCUUUAAAAGUAGUAAUCCUGUUUCAACAAAUUAUACCAAAGAAGAUGAUGAUUUUGGUGAAUUUCUCACUGCUGAACCACCUGUGCCAACCGUAGAAGCAGUGACUUCUCAGUUAGAAAGCCUAAAUACUGAUUUUGCAGACUUUGCAAAUUUCAAAGAAUCUUCAAGUUCCACAGAGUUGCAUCAAGCACCACCAGCCAUUCCAGCUAGUAAUUUAAAUAUUAAUGAUGAUUUUGGUGAUUUUGCUAGCAGUUUACCUGUUCCUUGUAAACCUGAAUUAGGCUCUGAAUUUCUGUUCCGUCACCUGAAAGAUAAUAUAUCUCUUGCUGAGAGCCAAUCUGUGUCUAGUCUUGAGUUGGGGCCUUUUGAUGGUGGUGGACAUAGUGGAGAAUCCAAAUCAUCAUUAAGUAGGCAAGGGUCUAUUCCUAGCUUGGAUUUAAAAAGUGCUUACCUUGAAGGAGGGGAUGGUGAGGACUGUUUUGGUGAAUUUCAGUCUCCUGUUCCUAUAAGUGUAGCAUCUAAGUCACCAUCUCCAGCUAAAGAUACAAAAGUACAAGAAAAUGGUAAUUCAACUACUUAUCCAAUGAAUUUGAAUUUCCAGAAUUCAAAGAAUAUUCCUUUAACAGAUAAAUACAGUGUGAUAAGAGCAGAAGAAAGGAAAGAUGAAGACCAGCAUAUCAGCUGUUGGGUACGUUGUCUUCAGAGUUCAGUAAACAUUUUACAGAAAACAAAGAAAUUGUUCAAUCAACUGAGCUGCAGUUCAGUGUGUAAUGAAGUACUUCAAUCUGAAGAAGGUGAAAAUUAUAUCAAAGAUGUUAUAGAAGUGUACAAAGUGGUUCGUCGCAUAGCAGCAGCUUCCAAAUCUGCUGGGAAGCAAACACAACCUAUAGUAGACUUACUGAAUGAAGCUGAUCAAAUAUGGCAAACUAUUUGUGGAUUUAUUGCUGGGUCUUCUCUUAUGCCCAAAGAGUCUUCAUUAGAGUUUUCCAGUGCAGUUUCAGAAGACAGCAGUAAUGCUUGUGGAUUAUGCUUAUUAAACAUACAGAUGAAAAGCAAGCUUUGUAAUGAAGAAACAUUGAACCUUUCCUAUGGUGGCAGAAACUAUCACAGUACAUGUGCUAAUUUAUGGGUUAAUUGUGUAGAUCCUCUUUUACCUGCUCUUCCUCUACCUCAGUUACUAUAGUAUAUGUUUCAGAAAACCAAUUUCCAUUGAAAAAGGGCCAUGAAUAGAAUCCUUGAACUCCAUUAAGAAGAUUAUUUAUGUAUUUGAUUUAUUCCUAAAGCUUGACAAAUACAAAAUUGGAAAGUUUGAUUUCUUAUUUGUGUUAAAUUAAUAUGACAGAAUAUCAAGAUAUUUACCAUGCAAAUAAAAAGUUUAUAUUAAAAAUAUUUUUCCUUUAUUUCUAAAAAAACGUAUUUGAACUCUAGAAUUAUAAAUGCAACUAUUUUACUCUGUAUAGAAUUUCAGUUUAAAAAAAUUAUGGAAUUUGUAGUAAUUUAUUCCACAAUUUUAAUGCAACUUGUCUUGGUCUAUGAAGAAAUUAACCCUUACUUUUUUUUUCACUUUUAUCUAUGGCUCUUUACUUUUCAUUUUAUAGCAAAGCUUCCCAACAAUUAUUGCAUUUGAAGUUUAAUUUAUUUGAUUUCAAUAUUACUGUGGGAAAAUGGACCUAAUAAUGCCAAACCAUUAUCUGAUUUAAUGUGGAUUAUGUAACUACUACACAAACUUAAAAUCUUAUGACCACAAAGGUGGAAAUAUAUCAGUGUGUUCCUUUAACAUUAUCAAUUAAUAAUAGGAUUUGUACUAUUAUCGAUGAUGAAUGCAAAUUGAUAAUAUGUCGCUGGCUAAACGUAUAAUGCACUUUUUAAAGAAUAUUAAGGAAACAAAUACAGCUCUAUAAAAUUAAACAAUUUUCAUUAAACAUUACUUCAUCAUAUAGAAUACCGAUUUCAAGGGUUUAGAACUAAAUUAUGUUAAAAUACAUCAAUUACCUUUAAAUACAGCAUGAUUAUAUUCAUGAAUACUUAAAAUGCUGAAAUGUUAAAUACAUUUUUCCUAUUAAUGUUAAUUUCAGUUACCUAGGACUAUUACUUAAAUAAUAAUUCAGUUUGAUUAUUUUUGAAUGAAAAUUACUAACCAUUAUGUAAAGAAAAAAAAGCAUUGCCCCCCCCCCUUUUUUUAACACUGUCUGUGAUAUUAAAGUCUAAUGCUUAUAUUAUUUUUUUUUGCAAAUUUAAAAUGAUACAAAUUUUAUAGAAUCAAAAUAAAUUAGUUGUUCUGUAGUUUUCAUAUCUACUUUCUAAUAUGUAAAUUCAUAUACUUUACUGAGUAAUUUUAAAAUUACAUAAAUUAAUUUUUUCUGUUUCUAUAUUUAAUAUAUAUUCUGUUUUAUCAUUGUAGAAAAAACUGAACUAUAUUUAAGAGCUUUCAGGAUAAAAUGUUUUUAAAAUGAAUGGAGUCAGUUAUUCUGUUAUUUCAUAUAAUGUUUGGAAAGUAUUAUAGUUAUAAGUGAACGAGUUGUUUCCCUAUUGUUUGAUUGAUUCCCCUCCCCAAUUGUAGAUAUGGCGUGUUAUUUAUAGAUUUUGUCAAAUGUGUAGUAAUCAUAUGUUAGAAAGUAUUUUUUAUUAGUGUUUAGAUUUAUUACAAUGUGAUAUUGUUGUGGUUGUUUUAACCUGAAUAUAUAAUAUGGGUUCUUUUUUUUUUUUGAUCAAGUAUAUAAAAAAAGUGAUAUUUUAUGAAUUCACAAGAAAAUAAAUUUUAAGGCAGUGUGUUGAAGCUUUGUUCAUAAUUUUUCACUUUUAGACCUUAGUCUUGCUUAUCAUUAACAAAGUAUAUAAAUUGAUUUUGGAACAAGAGAAAAGAAUUAAUGGUGUUAAAUACCAAAUAAUCAUUUACAGAAUUCUGC